GCGCAGACGCGACGGCGAGCUGCGUCGUUACUUUUGAAAGGACCGGCGGGAGCCGCCGCGGAGCCCCUCGGAGCCUUGCGGUCGCCGAGUGCUGGGGCCGCGCGCCGCGGCCGGGGGCCUGGCCAUGGCGCGGCAGCUCUCCCGGGAGCAGGGCAUCACCCUGCGUGGGAGUGCCGAGAUCGUGGCCGAGUUCUUCUCAUUCGGCAUCAACAGCAUUUUGUAUCAGCGAGGCAUUUAUCCCUCGGAAACCUUCACUCGAGUGCAGAGAUACGGGCUCACCUUGCUUGUGACUACCGACCCCGAGCUCAUGAAAUACCUGAACAACGUGGUGGAACAACUGAAAGACUGGCUGUACAAGUGCUCGGUCCAGAAACUGGUGGUGGUCAUCUCGAAUAUCGAAAGUGGCGAGGUCCUUGAACGGUGGCAGUUUGACAUCGAGUGUGACAAGACUGCCAGAGACGACAGCGCGCCCCGGGAGAAGUCGCAGAAGGCGAUCCAAGAUGAAAUCCGCUCGGUGAUCCGACAGAUCACGGCCACCGUGACGUUCCUGCCGCUGCUGGAGGUCCCCUGUUCCUUCGAUCUGCUGAUCUACACGGACAAGGAUCUGGUGGUGCCCGAGAAGUGGGAGGAGUCGGGGCCGCAGUUCAUCAGCAACUCGGAGCAGGUGCGCCUGCGCUCCUUCACCACCACGGUCCACAAGGUGAGCAGCACGGUGGCCUACAAAAUCCCCGUCCUCGACUGAGGGCGAGCCGGCGCGCGCUGCCUGACACCGGGUCGGCGACACCGUGCGACGGGUUUCACCGCUCCGUCUCCAGAUGAGGAGCCCGACACUUUACCCAGCUGCAGGAUCGCCCCAUUUGUGGUGCCUGUUUGACUUUCCGGAGUAAACGUAGUCUUUUGCGUACUGUCCAAAGCGGGGAGCCACGGGUGACGGGGGCACUGCCGGGUCCUUUUCUGUGAGGGUCGCAGCUAGAUGGGGGAACUUGCACUGUAACGCUGAAGGCCUUUUUAGUCGUCCCUUCUGGCCCAGUGGCUGGCGUCGGAACGCAGGUGAGGCUGCAACAGCAGCAGAAGUCCGACGAUCCGGAAUGUUUAUUCAGGCCCCAAAGUGACUGAUCGGCCACAGCAACAGAACACUGCUAUUAGGUCCUUCUGCCAUUUAUUUCAUGUGUAUGGUUCCCACGUUGAGAAAAUCUCUGAGUAUUUGAUUUAAUGUAUAUAAUUUACACUCAUAAAGCCACUGCUAUUUCUACUGUUUAAGUUUUCGUGAUACAGAAUUCUUAGUGUCUUUGUGUUGAUAAAAUCAAGCUUUGAGUGACCGUGACAAAUAAAGUUGAGCGCGCGUGUUUUA